UGCGCAUAGUGUUGACGAGGCUGUGAGCGUUGCUGUUAGCUCAGUUCGGUCCCGACGUGUUCGUCUAACAAAGACCACGAAGUUUACAGUGAAAAUGUCCACCAGCGAUUUUUAUUUGCGAUAUUAUGUGGGGCACAAGGGGAAAUUCGGACACGAGUUCUUGGAGUUUGAGUUCAGACCGGAUGGAAAACUGCGGUAUGCUAACAACAGUAACUACAAGAAUGACGUUAUGAUCAGAAAAGAGGCGUACGUACACAAAAGUGUGAUGGAGGAGCUGAAGAGGAUAAUCGACGACAGUGAAAUCACUAAAGAAGACGACGCUCUGUGGCCCCCUCCGGACAGAGUUGGCAGACAGGAACUGGAGAUUGUAAUUGGAGAUGAGCACAUUUCAUUCACCACAUCAAAGAUCGGAUCCCUUAUUGAUGUCAACCAGUCCAAGGACCCAGAAGGCCUCCGUGUGUUUUACUACUUGGUCCAGGAUCUCAAAUGUCUCGUUUUUUCUCUUAUUGGACUUCACUUCAAGAUCAAGCCAAUCUAAGUCUUUUUCAUUUCUGCUUAUUGUAUGUCCUUUAGCUAUUUUCCCAUUCUCAGAUCUGAUUUGUACAUUUGACUUUGGUGGAAUUGUUUUUUAUUUUAAAUAAAAUGUUGGAAAACAUG